GUGUGUGUGUGUGUGCAGGGGCGGACAGAGGCAGGCAAUGUGAUACCAACACCAGUGUGAGAAAUACACUCUGGUGGAAAAAAGGUGGAGAGAAAGCAGAAAGAGUGACAAAAGGGGAAGACCGUGUGAAGGGUGAGAGAGGGAGUGUAGGGGGAGGCGUGUUCCGAUUGAGAGGGAAAAAGCUGGUGGUGGUGGUGGUUCACACACACACACCCAUACAGACGCACACAUUCAUACACACACUAGUAGCCUAGACUUUCUCUUUGUGUCGUGUCGCCUUUGUGGAUGCUAAGGACCUCACAUUCCAGCGGACUUGAAUUGUUUCUUACCGCAAAGUUGCCAGCUUUACUGGAUGACGGACAUGGGCAAUCAAAAUCAUCUUCUACUUUUUCUUGCUGCACUGAGCACGCUGGGGAGCUGCAUGCCUGCGUGCGACAGAGGCUUCAGCAUGGAAGGAGACGAAUGUGUUGACAUGGAUGAGUGCAGUGAACCUGUGGUACCAUGCGGGGACCACAUGCGGUGCUUCAACACCAAAGGCAGUUAUUACUGUCAGUGCCAGCCUGGCUUCACUGACAUUAACGGACACAUUAACGUCACUGGAAUCGACGGAGAGUGCAUAGAUGAAAACGAGUGUCUCACCAACAUGGGGGUCUGUGGUCACAUGGCCGAUUGUGUGAACCUGAUUGGCAGCUUCAAGUGCACCUGUCAGGAUGGGUACACAAACACCAGCACUAAUGGACAUUGCAAAGAUAUCGAUGAAUGCAAGGAAGCUGAGAUGCAAAAAGAAGACAUCUGUGGAAGUAAAGGAGCGUGCAAAAACACAGAUGGGAGUUACUGGUGCAAGUGUGCAAAAGGAUACAGCAAUUAUGGCAAUGCAAGGACUCCAUGCUCUGAAUUGGAUUGUGAAACAUUUGAAGCUGGGAGUUUGCCACCGUAUAACGCAGGCUUGGCAGAUCUUUUGUCCAUAAUGAGAAACAGCUGUAUGGCUCUGUAUCACCCGAGUACCAGCGGCGAAGGCAAUGCUGAUGGAGAUGCGCUACUGGAGAAACUCCUCACAGCAUCCGAGAGCGUCUUAUCAUCAGUGGACACGGACACCAGUGAAGACAUGUACGGGCUGCUCAGCACGAUGGAGAAAUCCAUCAGACUCAUUGGCCCACAGCUGAAAGGCAACCUGACCAGGAUGGGUUCCACUGAGACAGAUGUGGAGAUUACAGUCCACAGAGGAAGAUCUCCACCCAGUGGACUGGUUCUUCUGAAGACUGAAAACGCAACACUCGAUACUGACUGGACGACAGCAGCAGGAACAGGAAGUUAUCCUGGCUUUGCUAUGGCUGCCUUGUUGAGCUACAAGAACCUGGAGCGUUCUGUGAACCGAUCCUUUGACCAGCUCCAGGGUUUCGAAAAAGACGACGCUGAACCGACUUUCCAAAUCUUCUCCCGAGUUGUGUCGGUCGUAGUAUCCAACCCAUCCACUCAGAACCUGAGCCACCCGGUUGUAAUCACACUAAGACAUCUCCAGGAGAACUCUGAGGCGAGCUUCGUCUGCGCAUACUGGAAUGAUGGAGAUGCCUGGUCCGCAGAUGGUUGUCAUCGGCAACACUCCAAUGCCACACACACAGUGUGCCGAUGUGAACAUCUCAGCAGCUUUGCUGUGCUGAUGGCUCUCUACCCCGUGGAGCCAAACUUUGCACUCCAGUGCAUAACAAAGAUCGGCCUCAUCAUCUCCUUGCUGUGUCUGAGUGUUUGCAUCCUGACGUUCAAGUUUUGCCGCUCCAUACAAGGGACACGGACCACCAUCCAUUUGCAUCUAUGUAUCUGCCUCUUCAUCGCUGACCUCAUCUUCGUGGCGGGCAUCUCCCAAACUAAACCUGAGGGUGGCUGCAGGUUUAUUGCCGCCAUGCUCCAUAUUUUCUUCAUGGGAGUGUUUGCAUGGAUGCUGCUGGAAGGCGUGCAGCUGUACCGUAUGGUGGUCCUGGUCUUCAACGUCACCAUUAAGCCACUCUACUUAUUCCUCUUCGGCUACGGGGCACCCUUGGUGAUUGUCAUUGUAUCUGCUAUCAUCAGACCCGACGGAUAUGGUACCGAGAAGCUCUGCUGGCUAUCCCUCAAAGACGGCCUCAUCUGGAGCUUCUAUGGCCCCGUGUGCGUCAUCAUCUUCCUCAACGUCUUCUUUUUUAUCGUCACGGUCUGGAAGUUGGCCCAGAAGAUUUCUAGCCUCAACCCGGACCUCUCCAAACUCAACACCAUAAAAACUUUCACAGUGACAGCCAUCGCUCAGAUGUGCAUUCUGGGUCUCAUGUGGGUGUUUGGAGCGUUUCUGUUUCGGGAAGGCAGCACCGUGGCAGAAUACAUCUUCACAAUCUUGAACAGCCUGCAGGGAGCCCUGGUCUUCAUCAUGCACUGCCUUCUAUCCAGACAGGUUAGAGAGGAGUACUACAACUUUCUCUCCUGCGUAUGCAAUAGAAAGAAAAGAUACUCUGACUUCAGUAGUACAAAUCCAUCCAGUAGCCAAUCACGAGCUUCUCGGAGUGGGCAGAACACCGGAGAAUCCCAAAUAUGAACGUCUCUCUGUGUUAUCCUUCCCAAAGACUCAAAAUGAAUGAAUCCACUUCAGUUAAAGCAAUGAGCCAACUCAUCCUGACGAUGCAUUCAGGUGCUUAUGAGAAAGCUCGUGUUACAUGUCAAUUAAGACAGUAUUUGUCAUGUCAUUUAGUACAAUUGGUACAGAACCAACCCAAAAGGAGACAGAUAAGAAUUUCUGUUCACUUCCUGUCUCUUCUGGAACAUAUAAGCUGUAUUCCCUUGGAGUUAUUUAUUAUGUACAGACAGGUUUAAAAUGUGGGUCGACUUUUACGUUUAUGGGUCAUUUAGGAUUUAAGAUUGACUGUAAUAUUGAACUUAUGAACUGGCUAAGGUGGGCCCCCGGUGUCAAAGUGGUUAAUAUCACCAAAACAAGUACAGGCAUUUGAGAAAUAUCACAUUUUUAAACACUUUUUCAUAUUCGAUUGUGCAGCAUUGCGAUAAACUUUUUGUUUAUGGUUUGUAUUUUGUACCCCUACUCAAGAAAUACCGAGGUACGUACUGAACCGUGAGGACGCUAUACUGUUACACCCUUACAUAUAUCCAUAGCGAAACCAAUCUGAUAGCUUACUUUAUGAUAACAGUAGGGAUGUCCGAUAUUGGCUUUUUUGGGAGUUUUGGGAAUGGGAGAAAAUCGGAGUACCCGGAUAAAACCGAUGCAUGCACAGGAACACAUUCAUUCACACAGAGAUGGCCGAGGGUGGAAUUGAACCCUGGUCUCCUAGCUGUGGGGUCUGCGCGCUAACCACUCAUCCACCGUGCCGCCCAUGAAAAUAACAUUAAUUCAUUCAUUUUAUACACGAGGGUCGCUGGGGGGUGCUGGAGCCUAUCCCAGCUGUCUUUGGGCGAGAGGCAGGGUACACCCUGGACUGGUUGCCUGCCAGCCAAUCACAGGGCACAUAUAGACAAACAACCAUUCACACUCACAUUCAUACCUAUGGACAAUUUGGAGUCGCCAAUUAGCCUAGCAUGUUUUUGGAAUGUGGGAGGAAACCGGAGUACCCGGAGAAAACCCACGCAUGCACGGGGAGAACAUGCAAACUCCACACAGAGAUGGCCGAGGGUGGACUUGAACCCUGGUUUCGUAGCUGUGAGGUCUGCGCGCUAACCACACGACCACCGUGCAGCCCCAGAAUGAACACAUUCAUUCAUUCAUUCAUUCAUUUUCUACCGCUUUUCCUCACAAGGGUCGCUGGGGGUGCUGGAGCCUAUCCCAGCUAUCUUCGGGCGAGAGGCGGGGUACACCCUGGACUGGUCGCCAGCCAGCCAAUCACAGGGCACAUAUAGACAAACAACCAUUCACACUCACAUUCAUACCUAUACAAACUCCACACAGAGAUGGCCGAGGGUGGAAUUGAACCCUGGUUUCCUAGCUGUGAGGUCUGCGCGCUAACCACUCGACCACCGUGCAGCCCCGGAAUGAACACAUAUGUUUUUUUAAAUAUCGGUUUUCAUAAUCGGGACAAAAAUCCAAUACCGAGUUUGCAUUUUUAUGCUAAUAUCGGGCCCAACAUCCCUAGAUAAUAGAUACUGUAUGUAUAUUUAAAUUAAAGAUGUUAAAGGGGUUCAAACUGCAUUCUGUUCCUCUGCAAGGAUGAAAUGAAAUUUCUCACAACAUGACCGAAGUUAUGCAAUACCACUGCUGCUGCUGCUUGUGACAACGCUGCUAGGUUUUUUUUUCCGCCCUCAUGUUCGAUCCAGAAAAUUUGUCCAAUACCGAUCCUAUACCGAUCCCAUGUAGUGAACAUUAACUAUGUUUUUUAUUGGACAUUCAAGUCAUGACUUGUGUAGUCCAAAGAGAUCUCUUGGGAGAACACAGACCAACCAUCAAACCAUACACUCAAAUUAAAUGGGGCCACAAAAAGCCUGCGAAAUCCACCUUAAAUCAUGUCAAUCCACCUUAAAUCAUUUCAUAGCACUUUUUCCUUUUUGAGAGACAAGCUUCAUUGAAUGCUCUUUAUGACUUGAAAACCUUGCCUUCUUGUAAACGGAUGACUUAAUGUGAAUUUGGUGUAAUUUAUAGAAAUGAAUCCUAAUGAGUGUUCCUACUAAAAGAUGACUAGGCCAUCUUUCUUCUGUAUGUUUGUUUGUUUACAUUUAAAGCUCGUCAUGCUGUCUUUUUACUGUCUUUAGUUCAAAGUUUUGCUGCAUUUCUUCGAAGUGCUUCAUUGUAUGUUUGGUGAAUGUGAACGUGAACAUUUUUGACUAUUUUUGACUAUUGACUAGAGAAAGUAUAUAAACAUAUUUUUCUACUUUGUUGUUUUGGUACUGUUUUCUUGAAAGAAUAUGCACCGGAUAUUUUAUUAAAGUUUCUAUCA